UAACAGUCAAAUCAUAGGAUUUUUUUCACAAAAUUUCAAUGGCGACGAAUAAAAAUAUAAAGGAGUGUGGCUGGUUUUACCAUGCUCCAGCUAAAAGACAACCAAAGUCAGAACCAGUGCCAGUUCCUUAUACCUCUCAGAUUCCAGGUCUGAACACUGAUCUCCCCCCUGAGGAGGAGGCCCAGAGAUCUAUGUUCAAAGACACAGACACCAAAUAUGUCCGCUUAGCAAAAUCUGGUGGCAGACAAAAUUUAUUGCAAUUCAAGGAGAAUCUAAAUGGGAGAGAGAGGGAGCCUGUGUCAUAUCCUAGGAAUGAGUGGUUUUAUCUAGAAGACAAUAGACUGGAAGCAGAGGAGGAAAAAGAAAAAACAGAACCAUACCAGUUUACUGUACCUGAAUACAUGUACCACGAAGUGUUCAAUCCAGAUGCACAGACAGAUCCUUAUGAACGACCAAGAAGGGCACCCUAUGGUUUUGAUAAUGUAUCUGCUUUUGAGCGAGAAGGGAAGGGGGUAACAGAUAAAACUGUCAAGUUACCAGAGGUGAUCAAACCUGGUUAUGGAGUACGAAGCAGUAAACCUUUCAGAACAAAGAAAGCUCCCCCUCCUCCGGCAGGCAUGAAAACCUCUCAGCAAGUCGCAACUGCCAAAAUGGCCACAAGGGAAGAUGGCCGAGACAGACUUAAAUACUUACCUUUACCUGAAGCUUCAGAUAAGACAGAGAGGCCCAAAAUGACCAAGCUUUUGUCCUAUGCUUAUGACAGAGAAUGGCAGGAUGAAGUUCGUAAAUGGGAAUAUAAGCAAGACAAACUAAGAGAAAAACACAGACAGAUGAUAGCAUCACAGGGACCUUCGAAUAAAGAGCCCCUUGUAUCUGAGUAUAACACAACCAUAGGCAAAGCCAGGCAACCUGUGUACCAGCCACAAAGACGAGGACAUGCUGUAGACUCUGAUCAUCACUCUAGUCGAUCAGCUGCUUCUUCCACAACAACUUCAAAGAAAGGAGCUAAAGUUCCCGAGAAGGAGCUCUUCAAAAUGUCCAAGUUCAAGAAUGUUUCUUCUAGAGUUGACCAAACUAUGCCGAAGGCCAUGGUUGCUGCCACAAAUUAAUGUGCUUCAUGUUCAUCUCUGGAAUCUUUUUUUUUUUUUGUCUGUGAUACUGAUUAAUUACUUUUAUAAUUAAGAAAACAGGGUUAAGUUGAUUGUCAGCUCUCACUGCUGGCACAGAAUGUAAGUAAUUUUUCAUUGGAUGACUGUACAUACAUUAAAACAUGCUUAUAGCAAAGUGCAAGGGUGAACAAUUUUUAUUUGUUAUAAACAUAAUUCAUUGUAUAUACAGUAAAUUCACAUUGCUUUUUAAGUCUACAGGGAAUGAAAAUCUCUUCACUAUGAGCAUGUAUUCGUUAUCAGCGUGGUCGCUGUGACUGUGUUUAACUGUAUUAUUGACUGAGGAUUUGUGCUGUUUGCAUCUACCCACUGAGUACUGUUUUACAAUGCAUCUCCAAACUAAUUUUUAUGAUGCUGCUGCAUAAUAAUUGCCUAUAGGGUUUAUCUGGAUCAUGACUUUAUACAACAGUAUUAACAAGUGUAUUUAACAAAAAAAGUAUUUUAAAACCAAAGUAUUAAAUUAUGUUAGGCAUGAAAAAUUUUAAGGACUUCAAAAACUAAACAGAAUGUAGGAAGAUUAAUGGUUGCUUUUGUUGUUUUUUUUUUUGUAAAGUUCUUCCCACAGAUAUUAGAAUCUGGGGAUGGGGAGGGUACUGUUGGUUUAUGAUAAUGAAAACAAAGAGGGUAAAUAUUUUGUUUAUUUUUUAUGAAGAUGUUAAAAAGCAUUUUUCUACAGGUUGAGGAGUUAAACAAAGGGUUUUAAGUUCAUGCAAGAAAAUUCAGAAAGUCCCAAAAAUUAUAUUUAACAAUCUAAUGUACAGUUUAGAAUUUUAAAAAAAGAUUACCCUGAAGAUGACAAUUCCUUUCCUGUAUUUAUUCUAAGGACUGGGAUGAGAUUUGGUUCAGUUACUGCAGUAUAUUCUAGUGUAUAUAAUUCAUUUAUAGUUUACAUCUAGAACUAGAAUCUCUGUAAGAAAUGGAGUUUUAAAGCUUCAAAACAAAUAUCAAAAGAGAAACAACACAACAAAAACAGUUUCAGGGAACUGACCUUAUUUUUUUAAUUUGUACACAUAACUGUGUAAUAUUGUUUUAAUUUGCUUUAGAUAACUAUUUGAUUAUUUGUAUAUAGCUUAUAUAAAUAUAUAUAGAUAUGUUUUAACAUUUUUAAUGCAAUCUAAUAUUCAUGAGAUGAAAUUUGAGCUGAAUUAACCAAAAUAAAUGGUUAAAACUACA